GCACAUCCAAUAGAACAAGGGGUAAUAACAGCGCCAAGUCCGAAUCAAAGUUGAGACCGGCCCCAGCCUCAGCACUCAGACUUCUUUUGACAGGCAUGUCGAAAUUUUGGCCCUUGAGCAGCUUUGCGGCCCUCCUGGCAAUAUGGGCCGUAUAUAAUGGAAGGAGCGCCUACAAUCUCUUGGUCCCCGCUCCACUGCCGGGAUCAUACUUUGUUAGAGGCAACUCAUCCUGUAAAACUAUCAAGCACAAGUAUUCAGAUCGCUUGAAAUUCUGCGAGGACUUGACGCCAUGGACGACUUCAGAUACCGCCGGUAAUGAGAGACAUAGGAUCAUUGCAUCCUGCGAUCCAGGCAGAUACGAAUGGAACACUGUUAUGGGCCCGUUGCUGGAUCCCGAGCCUAAAGGCAACCUUUGGGUCCUGAACCCGGAUGCAGAAGAUUUGAAUCCUCAACCUCUCAACUUGGAAAACUUUGACUCGGCACACGACUUUCAUCCCCUGGGUAUAGACAUAUUUCCUGGGGCGGCUAAUGAACCAUCCACGCUUUUUGUUAUCAAUCACAUGCGCGAUAGCAAGCGUACAGUAGAGGUAUUCGAACUGUAUGACGAAAACCCACCACGCCUCCUCCAUGUAAAGCAACUCUACCACCCAAUGUUUUGGGCGCCCAACAGCGUCGCGGCUCUUUCCCACAAAGACUUCUUUUUAAGCAUUGACCACUGGUUUAAGAAGGACGGCCUCUGGCCCUGGAAGCUCUUCAUGCCCGUAGUGGAAUCCGCCUUGAUGCUCCCUCUCGGUAUGGUGGAAUAUGUACAAUUCGGGUCAAGUGGCAUCAAUGUCACCGUACCGGCUAUAGGCGUCCCGUUCGCGAAUGGACUCGCUUUGUCUAAAGACGGCUCAAGGCUUGCCGUAGCGAGCACUUCUGCUUGUAAAGUCAAGGUCUAUCAAGUCAAUGGAGAAGGCCUCAAGCUAGUAGAUUCCAUCAAUCUCCCCUUUUCCCCAGACAACAUGGGUUAUGAACAAGAUGGAUCACUGACGGUGGCUGGUCAUCCACACUUCCCUAGUAUUUUACGGUAUUCGAAGCGAAAGCAAAGUACCUCACCUUCAUGGGUGGUCUCUAUCUCCGAUCGAAUCCAGUCGCCACAGGAUGACACAAAUCUACAAACACCAUAUAGUGUGUAUAAUCGCACCAAUACUCAUGCUAGGUAUUCCGUGAAGACCCUGUACCAAAGCAAUGGAUCAGGAUGGUCAGCGUCUUCUACGGCACUUUGGA